AAGAUCUUCCGAGGUCUUCCACUUUCGUACAAGUGGCGCCUUGUACGGGGAUUUGGGUUUGGCUUUAAAUCUCUGAUCACGUGACAAAAAACACUACGCAUGCGUUCAGCGUUCUAUCUCAAAAAACCCAUCGGCCAUAUUGGUGUGUUGUUUCAUUCGCCCAAUAAUUCCGAACCCCAAUAAGCUAACUUUGCGAGAUGACGGAAUCAAUGAGAUUUGGUCCAGAGUGGUUGCGCAACUUGUCAGGAGACGGUUGCAAUACCAGCGGAGGAGGGGGAGGACCUAGUAUCCUGACCACCCCUCGUUACCAGCUAGCUGAGCAUAGAUACGGUCGAGAAGAGAUGUUAGCUCUGUUUGACCGGAAUUAUAAAGCACCCGAACCACUCGCUUCUUUUCCUGCCCUCUACAUUAUACAAGCUCAACAACCGCUGGCACUCACACCAAUGACAGAAGAAGAAGCGCGCUCCUGGAAUAGUGGUUUAACAAACAAUGUGGGCAGAGGGAGAGGGAGCAGCGUUGAUCGUGGAGGACGAGGCAGAGGUGGGAGAGGUGGCAUUUAUCCGACUCAUUACUCCCGAGGAGCCAUCUUUGACGAGCCAGGCGAUGGACCGAGAAUUGAGCCACAACCUUUUCCGGUAGAUCUCAGUUUUAUUCUUAACAGAAUAAAUGAAGCUUCGAAGCAGUUUCAUGGCACCGUUGAUUUCAAUUCUCAGGGGAGAACUAGACCAUUCGACAGAUCACAGAGUGAACGAGGUUGGUCAGAGAGAAAUGGCGGACCUGAACCUGGAGAUUGGAAUGGUUCUACUAGUCCCAGAAAAGAAUUAGGACGAGGUGGAGGCGGCGGGUCAUUCGUGGAAGGGAACUGGCGACGCCAGCGUGCUGGCGAAGACGACGAUGGAUGGAGAGUGGCUUCUAGUAAUCGUGGUGAAAAAUGGGUUAGAAGCAGUUGGCGUGAUGGUGGUGGCUCGGAGAGGGGCGAUCGAUUGGAACGACCUGAUGGCGUGGAGGGAGAAGAGGUGAGAAGUGGUACACGUUGGGAGCACAGGGCUAGCCACAGGUCCUCUCACGAAUUAUCUCAUCAUCCACCGACUCGAACUCUUCGGACUUGGGAACCUAACCAUCACGACAACCAUGACAACCUACCUGAGUGGUCUUACUCUUGCAGGGCAACGGAGAAUCCUAGCGAGAGCGGCGGAAGCUUCGACGCGUCGGGAGCAUUUCACGGAGGGAUGUAUUCGGACGACGACGAAGACGGAAUAAUUAGCGCUGGGGGUAAUCGAGAAUCGAGGAUCCGUCACAUGUCAGAAGGAAAUAAUUUAAGCAAUUCUAAACCAUCCUCAAAACCCUUGCCUAUUAACCACGGACAAACUCCCCAAACUUCCAAUCGUCGUGCUAACAUAACUGCCAGUAGUACUGGGAUUAGAGAGCGACCAAAAUCCCUUCAAACUUUUGAGGACAAAGAGAGUCCUGAGGUGCAGGAUAAACGUAGCGUAUCACCCUCAAAACCACUGCCUACUCAAAGUAAUACUCCGUUGAAAGGUUCAUCGCCUGUGGUUAACUCGUUACCAAGAAAAGUUCAAAGUGCCACCAAUUUAGACAAAGUUUCGGACAAGAAUCCAGUUAUGCAAAAUACACGAAACUCUAACAAAACUCCUGGGGAUACACCACUGGCCAAAGAGGCCAGAACGGACAAUACGAUAAACGAAUCAUCUGUUGUGGGUAACAAUGACAAGCCAGUCUUACAUUCCGGUUUAAAAAAGAGUAAAAGUACUUUAGGAAUGAUAUCUGUCACUAAUGUUAGACAAAAGUCUGAGGACGAUUUAGAUAGGAUGAAGGAAGAGGCAGACGCGUUAGUGGCUAAACUAAUGGCUGAUGAAGAAACCCACAAAGAUCAACGAUCCAAUAUUCCACCUUCGGCGAACAACCCAGUUCCCAGUAUCGCGUCGGCCACUCAAGAGAAAUGGUUCUACCGAGACCCUCAAGGUGAAGUUCAGGGACCAUUUUUGGCUAGCGAAAUGUCGGAAUGGUUAAAAGCUGGAUACUUUAACGUUAAUCUACUUGUAAGAAGAGCCUGCGACGAAAGGUAUUCCAUGCUCGGUGAUCUCAUCAAAAUGUGGGGCAGAAUACCAUUCAUACCUGGUCCACCCGUACCUCCUUUAAAGGUAACGGAACCAGUCGCAAUUCCAGUACCCGUCGCAAUUCCUGGUGCCCUUCCGAAAGCUGGAAUGGAGGAUCCGUCGGUCCUGUAUCAGUACCAACAAAUGUGUUUGCUUCAAAAUCAACUGCUUUUCCGACACGUGCGCUCAGCAGUUAUAAACAAGCUGUCACAGUCUGAACAAUGGACUUCCAUGAGUCCUGCAGACCAAAACCAAUUAAUACUCCAACACAUGCUGCAGCAACCUGAGAUGGCAGAAAUAUCCCCAAUGACUGUUAAUCCAUUUGUACCUACGCUCACUGCCCAACCAGCAAAUCCCAUAAUGCAAUUAUUCACACAGAUGCAACAGGCAAAAACUCAAUCUGAGAAUCACCUCCCGCCAACUAUGCAUCCGACGACGCCAACCCAUCCCGGAACGAUAGACACCGUCCAACAACUUAUGCAACAAAUGAGAGGCAUACAAAAUUUACACGGCAUUCAGCAGCCCAGCAUGACACCUACCCCUGCCAGCACGCCUGAAGAUAAUCCCAUCAAAUCGUUGCUGCGACAGCUCAAUGUUAAUGGACACCCACAAGCCACACAAAUCGAGUCUGUCUGGCCUCAUCCCCCCCCACCGCAAAUGGCACCACCUCAAUUUGGCAAUCCGAAUUGGCAAUCCCAGAUGGGCCCUAUUCCUGCCAUGCCCCCUGGCCAAUUGCCUAAUUCACUUUGGGAUCUACAUACUAAAGAAAUGAAGACUGAACAACAGAUACUAGAGGAGCAAAAACUUAAAAUACAAGAGGAGAAAAAGAAAGCGCAACUCAAGAAACAGGAAGAAUUGAAAAGACAAGCGGAUGAAGAAAGCGCUAAGAGGAAACAAGACGAGGAGGCAGAGAAAGCAAGAUUGGCUGAAGAGGCGGCAAAGCGUACGGAAGAGGAGAGAAAAAAGAAAGAAGAAGAGAAGAAACGAAAGGAGGAAGAGAAGCGCAAGCAAGAGGAGGAACUGAAGAAGAAGGAGGAGAAAAAGCGCAAAGAGGAGGAGAGAAAGCGGGAGGAAAAGAGAAAACAAGAUGAGGAAAAUAACCGUAAGAAACAGGAGGAAGAGAAGAGAAAGAGGGAAGAGGCUAAGAGACAAGAAGAGAAACAGAGAAAGGAGAAAGAGAAGAGAAAAAAGUUGGAAGAAGAACAAAAACGUGAAGAAGAAGAACGAAUUAAGAAAGAGGAGGAGGCCCGCAGAAAGACAGAAGCCGAAGAGCAAGCAAAGCGAGCCGAGCAACGGAGGCGGGAAGCAGAGGCACUUAGAAAAUUGCAAGAGCGCAGCAAGGCUCCUUGGGCUCAGACUCCUCACGCUCCAGCUCCAUCUUCUCACGCGUCACUUGCUGAGAUACAAAGGCUUGAACGAGAAAAGAAGGCUGAAGAAUUAAGGGUACAGCAACUGAUGCAACAACAAAUGGCACAGCAAAGAACUGCAGAAGUGGCCCAGGAUGCAGCAAUGGCAGAAAUAUCGAAAGGUCUGCAACUGAAAUGGGCAGAAAAAGCAGCUCCGGUCUCAAAGCCAGUGGUAAAAAGUUUAGCGCAGAUUCAACAAGAAGAGCAAGAGCGUCUCGCCAAGCAGCAAGAAAGGGAAAGACAGGAAAAGGCUGCGCAAAAGGAACCAGUAGUGCCACUACAAAGCGCCGGUAUCUGGGGCACUGCUGCCCAGUCUUUGAACUGGAACAGUGCUACGAACGCUAACAACCAGGCCUGGUCUAAUAGCACGAAUACUACCACUGGCGGUUUCUGGGAUGAUCCUAUAUCAGCGAAGAUGAAUCCAACACCAAAACACUCCGCUAAACAAUUGGCAACCAUCAAAGCCCCUGUAAAUACCGUUCAGCAACCUCAACAACCACAACAACAACAGCAGCAGCAACAAAAUAACAAACCCACCAAAAGUAAAAACAAAAAAGAAGGGGAAUUGGUCAAGAAAAUCUUCGAACAAAAUACUGCCAAGCCAGACGACUUCACUCAGUGGUGUAACAAAGCCUUGGGUGGCCUUCAGGCGUCUGUUGAUAUUCCGACAUUCGUUGGCUUCUUACGAGACAUCGAGUCAGCUUACGAGGUGAAGGAAUACGUUAGAUUGUACCUGGGUGACAAUAAGCAGUGCAGCGAAUUUGCGAAACAAUUUCUCGAGAAGCGUAGCAAGUGGAGAUCUGCUCAACGUCCUCAUCCUCAAGCUGAUGAUCUCUGCAAGCCUGCUCCUGCUGUCAACCCUAACGCGACAGCGACCGAAUUUCAGGAAGUCAAGGGAAAAGCAAAAAAGCCAAAAAAAGGAAAAAUGUACAAAGUGGACAGCACGAUCCUUGGUUUUAGCGUCACUGCUGCACCGGAUCGCAUCAAUGUUGGUGAUCGCGACUACGGAGAGGGCGUUUGAAUACGACGUCAUCUGAAAUCUGCUAAUUAUCAAUUUUAUACAACUUGAGAGGAAAUUAUGCCGCACCUACAAUUGUUCAGCAGACCGUUAUUUAUUUAUUAAGUCCAUCCAGUCGGCUUCUAGAGCAUUCGUUAAAAAAUAUUUCAAUUUAUGUAUAAAUUAAAAAGGAAAGUUUUCUACGAAAUUGAUAUGAGAUUUUUGAAAAACGUCUCGGGUGAUUUUAUGUUUUUAACGAAAGUUUUAGAAACAUUCAUUCAACGUUGUGCAGCCUCGUUUUCUCUGUAGUUGAUAUAUUCAGCUUGUAUGAAAAAAUACUUCUUGGGACAAAAGUGGAUGUUGUAAAAACUGAGGAAAGUAAAGAAAAAAAAAACGGUAGUGUGAAAUUAUGUCUUCUGAAAAUAUUGUAAUCUUAC